AUGGAUUCACUGACUGUUGCUUUCGUCUUCAGAUUACCCUCAUUUGGCUUAUUUGUCAAGUUCACUCGUUACGACUAUCUCCUGACAAUAUCCGUUGUUGCGGCCGCCCUAUUAGCGGCCUCGUAUGUGGCCGGCGAGCAUGUGGGGCCCACCAAGCCCAAGUACUACUUCCCUAAACAUGUCAAACGCCAGUAUGCCAACGCCACGAUAACAUCCAACGAUGCCCCUAUUACCACCAUCGAUACGUCGUCCGACGCCUUAUCGCAGACGACCAAGAGGGAGACGACCAGCAACGACCAGAGCGAAAGCUUGUCGGACAUUCCCUUUGUCAAGUCGACUUCUUCGCGCUUCCUCGCCUCGAGCGAACCGCAGUCCGAAUCCGAGUCAGACACGUCUCGGGUCACGACGGUGGUGAUUGCGAGCACCGUUUACGUUUCACCUUCCCAGCCCACAACAGUCGACUUGUCGACCGCUGGCACAGCCGCUCCCUCUGCCCCCGCUGUCGACACCGACUUUGUUAGUUCCACCGAUAGCACUGCGGGCUCCUCUGACUCAACUAGCCAGGGUACCACUGGUCUCUCCAGCUCUGCUACUGACAACAGCUCAACCGACCUACUUGGGUUUCCUACGGGAAUCAGCUCUGGCUCUACUACCGAGAGCAGCUUAUCUGACUCGACUACCGAGGGCACCUCUUCUGGCGCUACUACGUCACCUGAAUCUACUCCGGGAACCAGUCUUGGCUCUACCACGGACAGUAGUACUAGCUCACCUGUUACUGCCACCGACAGGGUCGACUCUUCGGCUUCGGCUUCGGCUUCGACUUCGGUUAGCGAUAACACCAUCUUGCCCAGCUCCGGCGCCAAUGUUACCAGCUCUUUUGCCUCGACCACCGACGCUGUUAGCUCGUCCAGCUCUGUCACAGAGACCGCUAGCUCAUCCAGCCCUACCAGCGAUAGCGCCAGCUCUUCGGCUUCUGUUACUGGCAGCGUCACCUCGCCUGGCUCUAUUGCUAACACCACCAGCUCGGCCAUCUCUGCUAGCUCGUCCAGCUCUGUUAUAGAUAUUCUUAGCUUCUUGAACCCUGGUUUCGGUAGUGCUAGCUCUUCGGCUUCUGCUACUGAUAGCACUACUGCGCUUGGCUCUGUUGCCAACACCACCAGCGCGGCCAUCUCUCCUACCGAUGUCGCUAGCUCUUCGGCUUCUGCUACCGAUAGCACUACUGCGCUUGGCUCUGUUGCCAACACCACCAGCGCGGCCAUCUCUGCUACCGAUGUCGCCCGCUCCUCGGCUUCUGCUACCGAUGUUGCUAGCUCGUCGGCCGCGUCGACUGAUGCAUCUGGCUCCUUGACUUCGUCCAGCGCUUUACCCACCGUCUCGUCAGGAGUCAUUUCUAACACGACUAGUCCCGACUCGUCUAGCCCUUUGCAGGUCCUUACUCCUCCCACCACCACCGUUGAGCCUACUUCCACGGCCAAUGCUACCACCGCCGAGACAGCAAGCACCGAGACAGCCACCGAUGGGAGCGCUUCCACGGGUUGGCUCCCGCCUAUCAUCAUCGGUUUCAACUAUGGAUUCAAUUACCCAUUUGUGGCCAAGAACAACAACGCUGCGGCGCAGAUCUUCCGCCUUCUCCCUGAGGCGCUGGCGUUUGCUUCGUCCAUUGAGUCCCACAGAGUAAGAGUCACGAAACUGAUGCCCAUGAACACGGUGAACACUCUGGGCUACUGGACCACUCUUGCUGUUGUAUCAUACCCGCAGGCGUAUGUUGAGAGCCUUCGACUGGAUGUUAAAAUCGCCAGUUCUCCGCUCUAUAACAACCCUACCCCGCUGGUUUACAACUUGACAAUGCAGAUCAAUCCUGCCAUCGACAUUAUCCUUGGCUCGACCCUCAUUGGCGAUGGCUCAGGUGGCGACAGUGGAAGUAACCCGUCCAACGCCGGUAACAACGGCAAUGCGGACCCAUUUACAAACAACAACAACGGCAACCAGACUUCUCAGCAGCGGGGAACCACGGCGGGAAUUGUAGGUGGUGCUGUUGCCGUUGCUGCUGCGUAUGGCGCGGCCAUGUUCGUGGUUGCCAGGAGGUACAAGAGGAAGAAGCAGGCGCACAGACGGGCGAGCUCCCUCGGCGGAAGCCCGUCGGACAUGCAGCAGAUGGGCGGGGGCAGCCCGGCUCUCAUGGGCGGGGCACUCCUUAGUAGGGACUUUACCGGCUAUGGAGGAGUGGCUGGCGGCGCGGCGGCGGCCGGCGCCGGUGCGCCUGGUGGACGGGACAGCCAUGGCAGCGGAAGGAGCGGGAUGGGUCUCUCCUCUCGGACCGCCUACAUCUCGGCCCCCGUUGCCGCGGAAAAUUCCCUCGGGUGGAACUAAAUGACGAAUGUGUGACGGCGACAUAGUUCUUGUGAUUACUUUUCCUAUCUCGACGACUGACACCGACCAUUUACGCUUCGAUGCCCAUGGGGAGAAUGUUGUUAUUUUGUUUGAUGCGACAAAGACUGCGACAUUUGAGGCUUUUUGCGAUGUCAACGUCUUGGGAAGAUGGAGGCGGGAAAUAAGUUUUUUUUUAAAAAAUAAAAGAGGUGGAGAAGAACUCAACACGUAUAGACGAUUUCUUCGGGGCUGCCUUUCGAUGGCAAACAUUUUGUGUGCUUUUUCCCCAUUUUACAUGUCAAGCAUCUUUUUCAUACCUUCUAUCGGCGGACUUGGUUUUGUAUGGCCAUGCCGUCUGAAAUUCAAAAGCCUGGUACCACAAUAAAUGAUCGCAGCUGCACUUUUUGCUUGGCGGCGAUUAUGGUA